AUGGAUGACAUAUCAUUGCGGGGCUAUACUGAUUUUGGUGUCGAUUCUAUCAAGAAAUGGAAGCCAACACACCAUGAACCCGGAAUUCGAACUUUUGCUUACAUUUGUCUCUCUUGCUCUGUCGCCCUUACUGUACUUUUACUUUGCAACGUUACAUUCCAAAGAUGGCCUACAAAGGAUUCCAAAGCUCCAAAGGAACCAAAAGUAUUUGGCUGUCACCGCUUGCCACCACAAAUUUCCAAUUCCAAGUUUCUUCUGUCUUCAGAAACCACGCCAACAACAUCGACGAGAUCUUCAUCUUUAGAACUUAAAAAUCAAAAAGAUGAUCUCGAAAUCACACCAGUUGGAUUUACGCCCACAGCUUCAUCCCUCACACUCAAAGACAUGAUCAAUCAAGAAGGCAAAUAUAUGACAGAUAGUUCUUUCGCAGCAUCUCGACAACCUUCAACUUCAAACAUGAGCGGGUUCACUUUGAACGAUUCGAGAGGCGUAACACCCAAACAUUCAGCUUAUCUUGGCAAAGACAGUCGUGCAAACCUAGACGAUGUGACUAUGAAGAAUUCAUUCAUCUUCAACCAAGAGCCAGCAGAAACAUCGGAGAACAAAGACUGGCCAAUGCCCGGUGCCACCCAAACUACUGAUAAUGAAACUUCUCGGCCCGCACCUCCCAAUCACGCUGUGUCAGAAGUUCCAGCCCCCAUUGCUUUCCCAGCAACACCCAUCAAUGCUCGUACACCGCCCACCAAGCGAAUCGAAUAUUUGGCAGGUCUUAUAUCCAUUGCCACAUUAAUGGUGACUCUUAUUCAUUUUAUCUUUACAUUUUCACCAGCGAUGGGUAUGAUUGGAGCUCUUGAGCACUACAGUUAUGAAAUCACAAUUCGGAAGACUAUUGGAUCAUAUCUCCUCAACCAGAUUCUCCUUGGACUUUUUUUCAUCACAUCUACUCGUUUCCUUAUCAGUCGUUACCUACGCACUGGAGAUCUUGGAAGUAUAGCUGAGAAGACCACCGGAAGAACAUUCCGUGUCAUGAUCCCGAUUGCGGCUUGCGCUUUGCUCGAGUACUUUCUGAUGGAUGUCGGCGCCUUGACUUGGCUAGAGUAUCUUCCUAGUAUCAGCUGGACUACAUGGCCCUAUGCUGUGGAAUACACAGACUUUUCUCAUUACAUCUCCGAAGUCCUCGAACUGGUGUACCUGCUUCCUAACGCAGCUCCACAAAUCACCUACAAUUAUUGUACGGGUGUGCUCUGGACUAUCCCGGUACAGAUUGAAGGUUCGUGGAUCACACUUUUGGGAUGUAUCGUGGUUAGGCAGAUUAAGACUCCUUGGAAGCGCAUGUGUUACUAUGCAUUCUGUAUUGUGAAUCACUGGUACGCUCAAUCGUGGGGCACUUUCUUCUGGUUUGGAGUUCUUUACACUGAUUUGGACGUCACCUUCAAAUACAAAAAGUGGCUCAAGAACAUGCUAUUGUCCUCUGGACCGGCAUAA